AUGGGAAGCACGACGCCAACCACCUCGUCCACCCCCCCGCUUGCCUUCCGCGAAGCAACCCCCGCCGACGUCCCCCUCCUCCUCCCCCUCAUCCGCACCGCCUACCGCACCCCCGCCGGCUGGACCAACGAAGCCGCCUACCUCAACGACAAGCGCAUCUCCCCCGCCGACCUCGCCGCCAAGAUCUCCCGCCCGGACGGCGUCGUCCUCAUGGCCACCAACCCGGACUCCGCCGCCCUCGUCGCCUGCUGCGAGGUGCAGAUCCAGCAUCCCGACCCGUCGGCGUCGUCGGCCGCCGCCGCCGCGGGCCCCACCGCCUAUUUCGGUCUCUUCGCCGUCGACCCGGCCCUGCAGGGCGGCGGCGUCGGGCGCCGCGUGCUGGCGCGCGCCGAGGAAUACGCCCGCGAGACGUGGCGGGCGAGGAGGAUGGUCAUGUGGGUCAUCUGGUUACGGACCGAGCUGAUCGAUUGGUAUCUGCGGCGCGGCUACGUGAGGACGGGCGAGACGGCGCCUUUCCCUUACGACCAGAUGUUUCAGGGGAAGGCGCUGCGGGACGAUUUGUAUUUCGACGUGUUGAGGAAGGAGUUUGGCGAAUCCGAAGCGACGACCUCUUCUUGA